AUGAAUGAGAUUGUGGGGAUAUGGAUGGAGCGGGGGGGAUUGAAUGAGAUUGAGGGGAUAUGGAUGGAGCGGGGGCAUGGGGGAGCAGAACCACUCUCCCAGGAAGGAGCUUCAGCACAGGACACGUGCAGAGGCUCCAGGAAAGAAAAGCUGACAUCCCAGGCCUAUGCCCUUGGGGCCGUUUCCAACUCUAUGUCUACUUUUCUGACCUUUCCUAUCUAUAAGUUUGUGUUCCGGCAACAGAUCCAUGCCAUGGCAGUGUCAGAGGCUGUGAGACAGCUUUGGCACGAAGGUCCUCAAUACUUCUACCGGGGAACCUACCCUCCUCUUCUCUCCAAGACGUUGCAAAGGACUCUUCUGUUUGGGACUUAUGAUAGCCUGCUGUGCUUUCUCUCUCCUGUUGGGCCACAUACCCUGGGACACCACUGGGUUGCAGGGGUCAUGUCUGGCCUGGUGAAGGCUGUGGCACUCAGCCCCUUUGAAAGGGUGCAAAAUGUACUCCAGGAUGGUCACAAGCAAGCUCGCUUCCCCAGCAGCUUCAACAUUCUUGAAGAAUUCAAUUCUUAUGGGCUUUGGGGGCAGCUGUCACGGGGCUACUACCGUGGUUUCUGGCCUGUCCUGGCCAGGAACAGCCUGGGGAGUGCUCUAUAUUUUUCUUUCAAGCACCCCAUCCAGGAUGGCCUGGCAGAGCAAGGCCUGCCCCAUUGGGUUCCUGCCUUGUUGUCUGGUAGUGUCAAUGAAACAAUCACCUGCCUAGUUCUGUAUCCUCUGAUUGUGCUGGUUGGUAAUAUGCAGUCCCAUAUUGGAUGGCAGAGCAUGCCAAGCCUGUGGGUCUCUGCCCAGGAUGUGUGGAACACUUGGGGCCAAAAGCUACUCCUGAUCUACUGUGGAGGCUCCCUGGUCAUCCUAAGGUCCAGGGUGACAUGGGGCCUCACUACAGCAAUCCAUGAGUAUCUGCAGAGGAAGUCACACUCCAGGAAAGAGCUGAAGACUGACUAG